AAAUAAUUUGUGUGACUUGGAAAUAUUUGAAAUAAAAAAAAGUCAGAAGAAAAAUUGUUUUUGUUGCGUAAACAAAGCAGUUCAUUAGCGCAUUGCCAGCGUGGUGAGAGUACGUUGAGCACUAGCAAAGAGGCGAGAGCGCCUGCGCGCAUUGUCAUAGCAAAGAGCAGCAGUUGACUGCAGCAGGAGAUCCAAGUGGCGUGAUCAUUUUGGGGAACGCAUGUGCGUGUAUGGGGUUGGAGAAUUUCCCUGCCAUCUUGUUGCUUGAUCGUGACGCAGCAAUUUUCAGCGUGCCUGCGCAUAAUCGGUUUAUUUCUCGCAACCCCAUGUUUAUACAACGUUUCCGAGGAGUUUAGAAAGCAUACAAAUACAUAUAUGCCCAUUCACACCUUGGAAGCAAUUAAUUACUUUUUGAAAGCGGUCAACGUCAGCAAAAGUGGCAGCCUUGUUAGCGUUUGACCAAUAUUUAAGACGUGCGCCAUCAGCCGCCAGGCAUCAUUUUCCAAGUGAGCAUCGGCUGUGAGCCAACGGCAGACACACAAAUAACAACUACACGCGUUUACUGUACCACUUGCUCUACAAAGAAGACAAAGCAGCACAAGGCACAAGAACAAAGUGUGCGAAAUGUUGCGCUUUUUCGCUUAUCUGCUUGCCAUCUGCUUUAUCUUAUCAGCGACGCGUAUGCAAAUUCUACACGGUGCAGUCCUCGGACACAGCGAUAGUUUUCAGCGCACACAGAAUUGGGCCGCUCCUCCACCGGAUCUGAGUUUACCUCCAAUUUAUCUGCCUGAGUUCACGCCUAUAAGCGAAGAGCCACAGGAAUGAGCAACAAUGAAACUAAUAAAUAUAUACAAGUAUUAUUAAUAAUAAAUUAAUGUUAAUUUUAAAUAU